GUAGCUGCUGCCCUCCUCUCCACCGAGCUCUCCUCUCCCUGCAGGAUCUAGCAGCGAAGACGCCUGGCCUUUUGCCAAACGGGAAGGAGCGCUGCCAGCUGCCCGGUGACAGUUCCUUGAUCUCCCCCCCCCCCGCCCCCACGCGACCAGAUUUUCUCUACUGGCUCCUGGGGCCGGCAGGAUGCAUUCGCUUUUCAAGAAACGGAACAAGGGGAAAUACAGCCCGACAGUCCAGAAGAAAAGCAUUUCCAGCAAGGAGUUGUCAGAGCUGAUUGAGAAGCUACAGAAAAAUGCUGAUCAGGUGGAGAGGAAUAUUGUGGAAGCAGACACUAAAAUGCAAAAUGACCUGCACAAGCUUAAGGCUGGCCAGCCCGCUCAGUUUCAGGAGUAUACCUCAGACAAGCUGACAGAAUCCGAUAAACUCCUCUACGUCCUGGACGGGGAUGCUGCUGUUGCACGACAUAUGAAACACCCGCAGGGAGAAAUGAUCACGGAAGACAUCCGGCAGCUGAAGGAGAGGGUGGCCAACCUGCGUGUGAAACAUGACCAGAUCUACAACUUCACUCCGCAGGAGAUAGAACCGCAGGUCGAUUGGUCUGCCGUGAUCGAAGAGAAGCAGGAAAAAUUGCUCAGCCAGGGCUUUGGAACUGAUUUGCCAUCUGUCAACAGCCAGGUAGAAGAACACAACAUAUUCCACAAUGAAGUGAUGGCGAUUGGACCACACAUCAGCAAGGGGGGAGAUAAGGAAUAUAUGAGCGGGCUGCAGAUGAAAUAUCAGAAGUUACUGUCAGGAUCUCAGCAGAGGCAGCAGGAUUUGAAUUCGCUGCAAGAUUACAUGCAACGCUGCACCAAUAAGCUCUACUGGCUUGAUCAGCAGGCCAAGGACCGCAUGCAGUAUGACUGGAGUGAUCGCAACCCCGACUACCCCGGUCGGCGCCGUCAGUAUGAGAAUUUCAUCAAUCGGAAGUUGGAAGAGAAAGAAGAAGCCAUCAACAAACUUCACAAAGAUGGCGAAAAUCUGUUGGCUGAAAACCACCCAGGAAAGAUCCCCAUUGAGGCUCACGUGGAGGCAGUUCACGCUGACUGGAAGGAGUAUCUCAACUUGCUCAUCUGUGAGGAGAGCCACCUCAAAUUCAUGGAGGACUACCACCAGUUUCAUAAAGACGCUAAAGAUGCUCAGGACCUUCUCAGGAAAGUGGAUACAGAUCUGGACCAGAAGUACAGCCCAGAUUUCAAGGACAGAUUCCAGAUAGAAUCUUUACUGCGGGAACUAGAGGACCAAGAGAAGGCCUUGGACAAGUAUGAAGAUGUGGUGAAGUCCCUGCAGAAGCGCAGCCAGCAGGUGCUGCCACUGAAGUAUCGGCGGGAGACACCCCUGAAGCCCAUCCCAGUGGAAGCGCUCUGCGACUAUGAGAACGAGCAGUGUCAGAUAACUCGCAGUGCCACCUACAUGCUGCAGAAAAACAACGGUGACCUCUGGGAGGUGACAGACAGCGCAGCAAGCACCAUCACUGCUCCUGGUGUUUGCUUCAUGAUCCCUCCUAUGGAUCCGGAAUCGUUGACCCUUGCCGACAACAUUGCUGGUCAGUAUCAGAGUGUGAAAAAGAAGACAGCCGGCACCAAGACCCUUCUGCAGCAGCGGCACGACAGCCUGAAGGCAGACAGCAUUGGAGACGCAGCGUCUGUACAGGGGCGACAGCUGCUGGCGGGGUUGGAGAAAGUGAACAGUGAGUUGGAUAAGCAAGAGAAAGCCAUUACAGCAAACCUGCGACCUCCGCUGGAGCCGAGCCGAGCAGUGCAAGACAGCGCUGAACGUUCCAAGGAACUGAAGAACAUCACCAAUGAACUCCGGUGCAUUGAGCCAGAGAAAGCGCGCAAGAUCAAAGAGUGCGACGGCUUCAUAGAAUCAGUCCCCGACACUGGCAGUGCCAAGUUGGUGAAGAACCGGGCAGAGGAAUCCAACAACAAGUACAACCGUGUGGUCCAGCUGCUAAAUGCUGCUCAGGAAAAAGUUGACGUGGCCAAUCGACUUGAAAAAAGCCUCCAGCAGGGGAGAGACCUGCUUUCUGGCUAUGAAAACAAGUUGGCCAUCGAGGAUACAAUCCCAGAGGACAUCAGCGCCCUGAACCGCAAAGAAGAGGAGCUGCGGAUCCUGGGUUCUGAGCUGCAGGCCCAGCGGCCCUUGCUGAAUGAGGCAGAGCAAGAGUUACAGAGGGCCAAGAAGUGCUCCAUCGCCCUGGCCAACCAGUUCCAGGAGCACUGCCCGGACAUCGAACGCCAGGAAGCCGAACUACACAAGCUCAACCAGAGGUUCAGCAACCUUGGCAAACAAAUUGAUCACAGGUCUCAGAUGCUCCAGAAAGCCAAAUCAGCCUAUUCUGACUAUCGUGCUGGUUAUGACAAUCUGAGACGGUUCCUUUAUAACGUGCCCAAUUACGAGCCGCAAGAAACUGAUAGUGUCGCCCAUGUGGAAAACAAGUUGAAGAGCCAAAGGGCCCUGCUGGGAGAAAUUGCAAGCAAGGAACAAGAAGUCCACCGGGUCUCAGCCGAUGCUCAGCGCUAUCAGCAGGCAGUGAAGGACUAUGAGCUAGAAGCAGAGAAGCUGAGAUCCAUCCUUGACCUGGAGAAUGGGCGGAACGGAUUCAUGAGCAAGAGACCCAGACUUCAGUCUCCCGCCGCGAAAGUGAAAGAGGAGGAAGCUCAUCUGGCUGCGAAGUUCACGGAAGUGAAUGCUGUCAACAGGCAGAGGCUGCAGAAUUUGGAGUUUGCCCAGAAUCUCCUGAGACAACAGCCAGAAGUCCACAUGACACAGGAGUCUGUCCAGACCAGCCGGUCCGAGAGGCCAUUGGAGGAAAUCUGGAAGAUCAAGAAGGAGCUGGACGACGAGAGCCAGAGGCGACAGCAGCUGGAGGCAGAGAUAAAAGUGAUCCAGGAGAACAUUCUGCUCCUCCAGAGUCAGAAGCCGCAAGAGUCUGUGCUCAGGAAGGAGGUGGUGAAGAAAGUGCCUGACCCGCAGCUGGAUGAGAGCCUCCACAAGAUGCAGCAGGACCUGGCCGAGGAGCAGCGCAAGAACACGGUGCUGCAGGACGAAGUGGAGGGCCUGGAGCUCAAGCUGCGUGUCCUGGAGCGUGAGAGGAAAGAAGGAGGGAAGGAAUACGUCGUCAAGGAGGUCCUGCGGAUCGAACCGGACAAGGGGCAAGCGGAGGAGAUCUUGAGACUGAAGGAGGAGUUGGAAGAACUCAAGAGGCAGGAAGGGUCCCGGGAGAAUGAGAUGGCAGUCCUGCGUGGGCAGAUGGCCGCUCUUUCCAAUGAGAAGAACAUGGAGCAAGAGAAGGUGACCGAGAAGGAAGUGGUCAAGCUGCAAAAUGACCCACAGUUGGAGAUGGAGUAUCAGCUGCUGCAGGAGAGCAAACAGAGGGAAAGCGCACUCAGGCAACAGCAAGAGGAAGAGCUCCGCUUCCUGAAGGACAAGCUGAAACGGCUGGAGAAAGAGCGGGCUAUGGCUGAGGGCAAGAUCACUGUCAAGGAGGUGCUCACAGUGGAGAAGGAUCUAGCAACGGAGAGGGAAGUAAAUGACUUGCGACGCCAGUAUGAGGAAGAGAAGGCCAAAGGCCGCUCCAAUGAGCGGGAGAAGGCGGAGCUACUCCGCAGGAUCCAGGCCUUAGAAGCGGAGAAUGCCAAGGUGGUUGUCCAGGAGAAAGUUCGGGAGAUUGUGCGGCCAGAUCCCCAGGCAGAAAACGAGGUGGCUAACCUUCGUCUGGAGCUGGUGGAGCAGGAGGGGAAGCUCCGAGGUGGGGAAGAGCAGCUGAAGGGCUGCCAAAGCGAGCUGACUGCUCUGCGGAACAGAGGGCCUCAGGUGGAAGUACAAGAGGUCAUCAAGGAAGUCAUCAAGUACAAGAAUGACCCAGAGACUGAGACAGAACUGCAGCUGCUUCGGGAUGAAAUUGUGGAUCGGACUAGAGCCAUUGAGAGAGCGGACCUGGAGAUCUAUCAGCUGAAGCAGGAAAUUCAGACACUGAAAGAGGCCAAGCCUCAGGUUCAAGUGAAGGAAGUGGUCCAAGAGGUGCUGCAGUUCCGGGAAGACCCGCAGACGAGAGAAGAGGUGGAGACCUUGAGGGCUCAGUUGGCCGAAGAACAGAGGAAGCACAUGGACCUGGAGCGAGACAGGAGGCGGCAGGAGGAGAUCAUCAGGCAGAAGGAGGAAGAACUCUCCAAGGUGAAGGAGAAGGUGGUGCAGCAGGAGGUGGUGAAGUUGGAACAAGACCCCGCUCUGAAAGCAGAGAUCAACUCCUUCUCCCAGAGCAUCGAGAAGGAACUGAGCCAGAUUGACUCGCUCCGGGGCGAGAUGCGCAAGCUGCAGCGAAGGAGGUCAGAGCUGGAGCGGCAGCUGGAGGAGCUGGAGAAGGAGCGGCAAGCCCGCAGGGAGGCUGAGCUUGAAGUGCAGCGGCUUAGGAUUAGGCUAAGUGAGUUAGAGGAGCAGGAGAGGGAGACGACAGAGCGAGUCACCGUGAAGCAGAAGGUGAUCCUCCAGCAAGACCCGCAGCAGGAGAAAGAGCACGCCCUGCUCAAACUGGAACUGGAAGAGGAGAAACACCGGAGGCAGGUCCUGCAAGCAGAGCUAGAAGCCUUACGGAAGAAACUGCAAGCCCUAGAGAAGAUGGAGGUCAAGGAGAAAGUGGUCGUUUCCGAGAGUGUUCAGGUAGACAAAGGAGACACUGAGUAUGAGAUCCAGAAGCUGAAGAGCAACCUGGAGGAGGAGAGUCGGCGUAAAAUGGAGCUUGAUGCGGACAUCAACAGGCUGGAGGCCAAACUGUCCGAAGUGGAGUUCAACAACUCCAAGUCUUCCAAAGAACUAGACUACUUGAGAGAAGAGAACCACAAAUUGCAUUUGGAAAAGCAAAAUCUCUUGUUGGAGACCCGAAGGCUGCAGUCCGAGAUCGAGCUCACUAUGUCAGAAGCCCAGGAUUUAAGGAACAUGUCGCAGGUGGAAAGCAACCUGAGUCUGGACUCCCGGUUCCAGUCUUUGGAACGAGAGCUGGACGAUCUGAAGAGGUUGUCUCGAGAGAAGGAUGACGAGAUUGAACAGCUCCAAAACCGACUCCAGACUGUGGCCAUCAAGAGAGAGCAGCGAGAGAACCACUUGAGGCGUUCCAUUGUGGUCAUCGAUCCGGACACGGGCAAAGAGAUGUCCCCUGAGGAAGCCCACAAAUUUGGGCUGAUCGAGUGGAGCUUGUAUGUCAAGCUGAAGAACCAAGAAUGUGACUGGGAAGAGAUCACUGUCAAAGGGCCCAACGGCGAGUCUUCUGUAAUUCUCGAUCGGAAGUCAGGGAGGAAGUUUUCCAUUGAAGACGCGUUAAGGAGUGGAAGGCUCACCCCUGCUCAGUAUGACAGUUACCUGAACAAGGAGAUGUCCAUCCAGGAGUUGGCAGUUUUGGUAUCUGGACAAAAAUAGCUGUUCUCUUCUCCAAAGAGAAUUGAGGGGGACGGACGGUUUUGAAGCAGCUAGCCUAUAGCUGCAUCACUUGUUAUGAACUCAGCCACCUGCUGCCUAUUGCCUGCUUCCCAGGGGCUUGUUCCCAAAAUCUAAGGCCUUGAUUCUCUCCCCAUGCCCAUACUACAUUUUUAAGAUAAUCUUUUUUCCGCUUUGCGCAGUCAGGAGGGGAGAGAGAACUCAUGGGGAAGAUUCAUCCACUGCUUGACAUGCUUUGAUAAAUGCAUAUGCCUCAUUUAUACAUCCUCAAGCUCAAAGCAGCCUCCACACCAGAACAUCCCCUUGGCACAGGGACUAAGUCUGCAAGCUGUGAUUCCCCCCCUCCCGCACCAUCUUAAAGUCACAAGCAAGUUUUCUCAGCUCCUCCAUUGUCAAUUCUGGUAUAAUACUGGCCUACCUUGCAGGGCUGUUAUAAUAGUCAAGUGAAACUUUUUUAAAACUUUAAAACUGCUAUAUAUGUUUUAUCAUACUGACCCCUUUAUCUCUUCUCCUCCCAACCCACACCAGCCCUGGCAUUAUACCAGAGACAAAUGCUUGAAAAAGAUCACGAGCAGUCACAUUCAGAGCAGCAGUGGAGCCCAAUAGCCAUCUGCUAGAAUGGCUCAUAGCCUUAGUCUAAACCCAAAUGUUUUUAGCUGCGAUUAUUGAAUGGAUUUGUAGGAGCAUCAAAUGAAAGAUUGCCUCCAAGCACCCUACGGUCUUUCAAUACACUCCAGCAUCUUGCAGAAUCCUGUUACAAAAAAAGAAUGAGGAACCUUAGAUUCUCAAGAGUCUUAUCUAUCCUACUGAACUGCAAAAAGGGGGGGGGAAGUAAAAUGGCAUGUUUCUUUUUUAAAAGAUGACUUUUUCAGGUCUUCAGAUCCAUACCUUUGAAGGGAUAUUCCCUGCUUCAUAAAAAAAGGUGGGAAACUAGGAAAUGCACAAUACCCAACCUCAAGAAACGCCUUCUUUCCGGUAACACAGUAAUAAGAUAUUUGUGCUGGUGGUUUUUGCUAACUUAGUUCUACUCAACUCUUAUGUAUUCGCUGUAGAAGGGAAUGGGAAGUUUUAUUUAUACCAUAACAAUAAAAAAUGCAGUGUUGCAACCCUU